AUGCUGUCAGCAAGGGCUAUUGUCAGAAGACACCUAGCCACGCAGGCAGGAUUCGUCCAAGUGCCAAAGGAAUUUCAAUCACGUGUUCCUCCAUACGCUAAGCUCGUCGGGAAGCUCAACAAGGUCAGAGAUAUUACCAAUAACACCCCAUUAACAUUGGCUGAGAAGAUCCUGUACUCCCACUUAUGUGAUCCCGAAGAAUCGCUUGUUUCUUCUAAUUUGGAGGAUAUUCGCGGCUUGCAAUACUUGAAGCUAAACCCAGAUCGUGUGGCCAUGCAAGAUGCAUCGGCGCAAAUGGCGCUGCUACAGUUCAUGACAACUGGUCUGGCUCAAACUGCUGUCCCUGGCUCGAUUCACUGUGACCAUCUUAUUGUUGGUAAAGACGGAGAGUCCGAGGAUUUGCCCUCAUCCAUCGCUACGAACAAGGAAGUCUUUGACUUCUUACAGAGCUGUGCAGACAAAUACGGUAUGCAAUUUUGGGGACCUGGAUCUGGUAUCAUCCAUCAAAUCGUACUGGAAAACUUUUCCGCCCCAGGCCUAAUGAUGUUAGGUACCGAUUCUCACACUCCCAACGCGGGUGGUUUGGGUGCCAUUGCCAUCGGUGUAGGCGGUGCUGACGCUGUCGACGCAUUAACUGGUACCCCCUGGGAAUUGAAGGCUCCAAAGAUCUUAGGUGUCAAAUUGACCGGUCAAUUGCAAGGCUGGACCUCUCCUAAGGAUGUGAUUACGAAGCUUGCAGGUAUCUUAACCGUCAGAGGUGGUACUGGCUACAUUGUCGAAUAUUUUGGUGAAGGUGUGGGCUCUCUAUCAUGUACCGGUAUGGCUACCAUCUGUAAUAUGGGGGCCGAAAUUGGUGCUACCACUUCCACUUUCCCAUACCAAGAUGCUCACAGACGUUACCUACACGCUACUGGCAGAGGAGUGUUGGCAGAUGCGGCUGACGCGGCCUUGAAGAAUUUCAACUUUUUGAGGGCUGAUGAGGGUGCUCAGUAUGAUAAAGUUAUUGAAAUCAACUUGAAUGAGCUAGAACCUCAUGUGAAUGGUCCAUUCACACCGGAUCUUUCUACACCAAUCUCUGAAUUUGGUACACGGGCAACUCAAGAAGAAUGGCCUCAAAAGAUCUCUGCAGGUUUAAUUGGUUCUUGUACAAACUCCUCAUAUCAGGAUAUGACUCGUGCUGCCGACCUUGUAAGACAAGCAGCUAAAGCAGGAUUGAAACCACGCAUUCCCUUUUUUGUCUCUCCAGGUUCUGAACAAAUCAGAGCGACUCUAGAAAGAGAUGGCCUAAUUGAUACCUUCAAAUCCAAUGGCGCUAUUGUCUUGGCAAAUGCAUGCGGUCCAUGUAUCGGCCAAUGGGACAGACAAGACAUUUCGAAGUCAUCCAAAGAAACUAAUGCCAUCUUUACCUCAUUCAACCGUAAUUUCCGUGCUAGAAACGACGGUAACAGAAACACAAUGAACUUUUUGACCUCACCCGAAAUGGUCACUGCAAUGAUCUACUCUGGAAAUGCACAAUUCAACCCAGUUACCGAUCCUAUCGUUUUGGAGGAUGGGUCUGAGUUUAAAUUCAGUGCACCAAAGGGUCAGGAACUACCUGGAGAAGGCUUUACUUUGGGAAGAGAAAAGUUUUAUCCUCCUGUUGAUCCUCAACCUGAUGCAUCUGUUGAGAUUAAAGUCUCACCUACUUCAGACCGUCUUCAAUUGUUGGAUCCUUUCCAGCCUUGGAAUGGUAAGGAAAUUAAAACUAAUGUUUUGCUAAAGGUGGAAGGUAAAUGUACCACAGAUCACAUCUCCGCUGCCGGUGUUUGGUUGAAGUACAAAGGUCAUCUUGAAAACAUCUCUUAUAACACUUUGAUUGGUGCUCAGAAUAAGGAAACUGGUGAGGUUAACAAGGCUUAUGAUUUGGAUGGUACUGCUUUUGGAAUUCCAGAGCUAAUGAUGAAAUGGAAAGACGAAAACAGACCAUGGACGGUGGUUGCAGAGCACAACUAUGGUGAAGGUUCUGCUAGAGAGCAUGCCGCCCUAUCCCCAAGAUUUUUGGGUGGUGAAAUGAUCUUGGUUAAGUCUUUUGCCAGAAUUCACGAAACAAACUUGAAAAAGCAAGGUAUGCUUCCUUUGACAUUCGCGAAUGAAUCAGAUUAUGAUAAGAUCUCUUCAGGUGAUGUCUUGGAGACAAUCGGCUUACCUGAGUUGGUUGAGAAAGAGGGCAACAAUGGAGGUGAACUCGACGUUAAAGUUACCAAACCCUCCGGCGAAUCGUUUAUCAUCAAGACCAAGCACACAAUGUCAAAAGAUCAAGUCGAAUUCUUCAAAGCUGGCUCUGCAAUCAAUUUUAUUGGGCAAUCUCGCCGCGCUUAG